CUACGCGUAUUUUAAAUAUAUUUUUGAAAAAAAGUUUGACUUUCCUCACCGGAAGACUAUGUCACUUCCUGUCAUUAUUUAGCUAGCAUCCCAGCUAGCCUCCAGGAUUCCUGCUAAUGAGUACCGUAUUCUAGACGUUUUGUUUGCUGAAUUAAGGCGUAGCAGUUUAUGAAAGUGGAAACGUAUGACUUUAUAUGUCAAGAUAUUUCACAAAGCGAUGCCUUCUUUAAAGUAGCGCAUGUCUUUCACAAGUUAUAUGUAAAUGUUAGAGGUUCGAGGAUUUUCUGUUGAUCCAAGUUUGCUGAGGAGCAACAGAGACAUUCAGAGAUGUCGUGGUUUCAUCAAGUCAACCAAGGGUCACAUCCCCAGCAGCCCGCUGAGAUUCAAAGAAUUGUUUCUUCCAACAGUACCUGCAAUCCCCCAAAUGGACCGCGUACCCUUGGAACUCAAAGUGGAGCUGGUUCCUCCACUCCGAGCCCCUUUUAUGACUUUCCAUCAGCUCCUCAUGCCGGAGCCAGCCCCCUCCGCCUGGAGAACCUGUCCUGUGCCUCUCCGAGCGCAGAUCAAGCCCGAGACCCCCCGGAGGAGCCCAUUUCCUAUGUGACCCUGCAGGAGCAGCGCUGCGUCCUGAGCUGGUUCCAGGGCUGGAGCUCCUCUCAAAGAGAGAGGUUCCUGCAGGACCUUCUCGGUAAAGCUGUACCGGGGAAAGUGUGCACCUUGCUAGAUCCCCUCAGCACUCUUCAGGUUCAGGAUAAGCUGCCUAACAUCUUUGAAUGCCAGCUGCGCCUCUGGACCCAGUGGUUUGAGUCUUGGGGAGAGGAGGAGAGGAAUCACUUUCUCCACAUGCUGGAGGAAUAUGACCCAACUUUUGUUGCCCUCUUUUACAGAAGUGUUGCUGGCACAGCAGGAAGAGACUGAGCUGUGUUUGAAAUAACCCUUUUCCCUCCUGCAAACUUACAACAGUGUUCAGCAAAAGCUGUUUUUUUUACUGAGAUUUUUACACUUUCAGAAAAGCUUCAUUCUAAAGUGUAUUUUUUGUUAUUUUUUUUGGAUACAUCAAAGUAUAAAUAAAGACUUAAUGAGG